GGCGGUUGGCCAAAGGAAUUAGUCUCAAACUACCUCUAAUGCUAGUAGUCAUAAAAAAACAAGAGAGCAGAAAGGGCAAGCCACGGGGCGGAAAUGGCUGCCGUGCAUAUGGUUCCCAUAUCUCUUUGCCCCAAAGAAAGCUUCACACACACUGGAAAUUGCAGCAAACCCAUUUCUUUUCUUCCCAGAAGGAGACCCAUCUCAGUUUACUCCGCUGUCAAUUCACCGGAAUCUUCUCCGCCGGCGCCUGAAAUCGAGCUUGAAUUCAUUGGGCCGAAAGCAGGUGAAGAUGGGUCUUAUACAGUGGAGAGAGCAGCUGCUGUUAGUGGAGAGAAGCUACUCAGGAACAUAAUGUUGGAUAAUAAGAUAGAGCUCUACGCCACCUAUGUUGCUCACCUUAUCUCUUUGUUGACGUGCCAAAAGAAUAAGAUUGUUGUGAACCUAGGUUUGGUCUUGGAAUCAGUGUUUGUCAUUACCAAUCUACAAAAAAUCUUGCAACAGGCAAAGGUGAUGGAAAUGGGUGGUAGACAUGCAAUUGAUGACAGUGAUCAAAUAAUGGCAUCUAAUGAUGUUUUCUUGGAGGGCCUUGACAUCGUAGCUGAGGGUCAAUCAAAACUAGCAUCGAUUUAAGCAGCUUCUGGAGCUCCAUCUAAAUCAAUUUCAACGGGGAAGGAAAGAAAGUUGUCAGCUGAAAGUGUGGAUUUUGAGGCAAAAAUUGCGAUAUUCUUGAAAUAGCAGUAGCGAUCAAUGAAAUACUUGAACAGAGAAAUCCUUGCACAGAAGAAGUUUGGAAAGAACUACUAAGGACAGGGAUCCGGGAUGACUUAAUUGAUUCUACCAACAUCUUUCUUCCUGAUGAUCCUAAGAGGAUUCAGAUGUUUUUGGUAGUCCUGGUGAUAGACGACAUGCUGUCCAAGCAGAUGGAGAUGGCUUACUACAAGAAGGCUGAUAUAGUAGUGUAAUGGCGAAGUUUAUAUUUUUGGUGACUAGGACUAUGGAUAAACUUUAUGUUUUGAUGACUAUGACCAUGGAGAUGGGUUUUACUAGUUAAAAUUUACCAGGUACUUUUGUUUUUUGUUGAAACUAAACUUGUGGAUUGUAUUGUCUGAAAUUGGAUGGAUGCAUUGCCCAGUGCUGUAAUUUAAUCUUUCUUUUUUUUGCUUUACU